CUUUGACAUCGAAAACAUUAACGAUCAUGCAAAGACCUCGACAAAAUUUUAAAUUUAAACAUUAAGCGCGCUAAUUAUGGCGCCGUGGUAAAUUGGCGGGUGGCGAAGAGCCAAUCUGAGCCGAGAAAUUGAUACCUUUUGCUACCUGGUAACACUGAGCUUAUAAAGUGCGCCAAUAAAGUUUACCCGGAAAAGCGUGAAAACCCUAAGAACUUUGGCAACAGCAACCGCUGCGCACGCUGAAAUCCAGUAUUUGACUUAAACAUAUAAGAAGAUAAAGCUGCCAAGAGUUCGGGAAUAAGAGAUGGCCAGCAAGCGGCUGAUGCUCGAUGUGGAGGAAGAGGAAGAGGAGGGGGCAUGUGGUCAGGGGAAAAGUUCUUCGAAUUGCCAAGAUGUUCAGGAUGUGGAGAACCAGGCCAAGAGGCGCCGGUCUUCUGCGCAGGACACUCCCCUGCAAAAGAUGCUAAAGCGGCACAUUCCCGCCAGCGUUAUUCUUUCGCCCAUCACCGAGUUGUCCCAAAACAUGCAGGUAACUCGCCUGGACGGCACUCCCAAGUCCACACAGAGAAGCCUCCAAUCGUCCAGGACCCUGAACACCUUCAACAGCGUUUCAUCGCGAACGCUCAGCAGCUUCAGCAGUUCUUGUUCCAGUUACGAUUCGGGCAAUUCCCUCGAUGAUGAAUACCUGGACAUGUUUGAGCUGGAGUCGGCGGAGGAACAAAAUCUCGAACUACCCGAUGACCUAGAACUUCUCCUGAGCGGACAGCUGAAGUCAGAGGACCAUCCUGCAAAGGAAUCAUCCAAGCAGUCACGAUUAUUGCGGCGCUCUAUGAGUUUGUACCCCUCCGAUCAACCUGAAGAUGAGGAUCAAACGGACAAAGGAACAAACUUGCCCGUCAAGAAGCUGCAAAAGAAGGCCCUAUCGAUGAACGAUGCCGAAAUCAUGAGCGCCCUGGGCGAGGAGCCCCAUUUGAUUGGAGAUCUCAGCAAGCCGUGUGCUUUGCCCUGCCUAAUCACAGGAAUUAGACAUCGUGAUUUAAAGACCAUCUCCAGUGACACUCUGGCCCGGCUAAUACAUGGCGAGUUCGAUCAGCAGUUGGGCAGCCAGGGUGGCUAUCAGAUAAUAGACUGUCGCUACCCCUACGAAUUCAUGGGCGGUCACAUUCAGGGCGCCAAGAACCUAUACACUCGUGGGCAAAUACAAGAGGCUUUUCCAAUCCUAACCACCAAUCAGGAGGAUCGUCGCAUCUACGUGUUCCACUGCGAGUUCUCCUCGGAGCGGGGACCCAAGCUAUUGCGCUUUCUGCGCAGCAACGAUAGGAGCCAGCAUGCCCACGACUAUCCGGCGUUGGAUUAUCCGGAGCUGUACAUCCUGCACAAUGGCUACAAGGAGUUCUUCGGCUUAUAUGGUCAGCUAUGCGAGCCGAGGCAAUAUGUACCCAUGCUGGCACCGGCGCACAAUGACGAGUUUCGAUACUUCCGGGCCAAGACCAAGUCCUGGCAGAGUGGCGAAGGUGGAGACAGUGGAAUUGGUGGUGGGGGCUCACGAGGCCUCAAAAAGUCACGAUCCCGCCUUUUGUAUGCCGAGUAAGGCCUUUUGAUUGGUAAAAGCCCACGAAAUCUCAGGGAGAACCACUGGUUCCACAUUUUUACCGUUAUAACAAUAUGUAUUUUUUAAGGACGCACUUUUUAAGGUUCAUUUAUCGUUGCGUUGUCCAAAUGUUGUGGAAGCCCCUUAGAUUUAUUUGUACGUGUUUAAUUCCAAUUCCGGAUUUUGGAUUUUGUUUUGUGUUGUGUGAAGAACCAGUGGAAAUCCUUAACAAUGGGAACAAGAACGGAAAAUGGAUAAAUGUUCUCUAGUCAGUGAAAGUGAAAAUUUUGAAACUAAUUAUAGUUACUUUUUGUGUUCGGCAUUUAAUAGUUUAGUUUAAAAAGUAUUUCGUGUUAAUUUUAGUUUCCAAUAAACCAAAUUCAAUUUAUCUUUAAGCAACUUUAUUUAACUUCUAAGAUUUAAUUCCAAUGAAAAAAGUAUCUAGAUAAAACUGUGUCGUGAUUAUUUGGUAUUAUUAUAUUUUUAUGAAUUAACUCAUUAUAUUGAACUAAAAAACUCUUUAAUUAAGAACCCCAACAGAAAACAGAAAAUUACAGCUUUUGUAAUGUAAAGGCGAAGAAUAUUGAAAGAUGCCAUCUUUAAUAUAAGAUUUUUGUGAUACAAUGGAAAAUAAUCAAACUGUCAUGCAAACGACAGCGUAGAUUAUACAUUUCUUUACUUUAAGAAUUCAAGAAAACACAGAAUUUAACACAUGAUCUCUAAAUGAGAAUCUAUAAAAACCAAAACCAAAUUGAUAAGCGAAUCUGAUAUUUUAAAGUCAUACGAUAAAGGAGUCAAAAUAAAAUAAUAUCUAGUUAGUAUGUUAAUUAAAAAUAAGUAAAUUUUUUUGUACUGAAGAGUUUAGUUAAUAUAAUAUUUAUUUAGAUUUAUAAAAUACCCGUUAUGCAAAGAA